AAAAAAGAAGGGGUACAUGGUAAAUUUAGUCAAUUACAUGACAGUUGACAGAGAAAAAAAGAAAAAGGGAGAGAUGUGGGGGCACCUAGGCCACUAAAAUAUUGGACCCUCAUGGUGGUGUUGGUGCACAGAUAUAAAACUCUUUCAGCAGUGAAGAUGGAACAAACAUGAGAAGAAGGGUCAAAGCCAGAUAUAAAGCUUAAGUUCUAAGUCUUAUUUUUCUUAAUUUUCCCUCUGACUUGCUGUAGAGAAAGAAACCAUAAUUAGUCAUAAAAUAUGCUGUUAUUUAAGAGGCUAGUAGUAAUAUUAUUUUUGCAGGAAUGUCAGAAGGUUCGGUGCUCUAUUAUGGUAUAAUAAUAGGCUAUCUAUAUCUAAAUUCACACACCAAAAUAUAAUUAUUUUCUCUUUCUCUCUCUCUUGCUUCUUGCUUGCGUUGUGGUGUGUGCUCUCUCUGACUCAUAACCCGUCCGCACAUAUUAUAUUUCACCCUUCUGUCUUUAUAUGCCUUGUUGCUUCUCAUUCACUUCGAGCUUUGUCUUUGUUGUGUCCUGUGGAAAACCACAUUACUUCUGCGCCAAUUGACUAGUACCACCCAGUCUUGUGACCACUUUUGCUUUGUCUUCUUCUUAGUCUCAGAAUAUGAUCUUGUUAGUCCUUCUUCCUCUUCCCUUCCCAGUUUGGCUUUCUCAUGAAUCUCCCUUUCUUGGAUUAUCUUUCAUGUAAGAUAAGCCCCAGAAAGCCAAUUCAGAAGACCCUUAAUCUGUGUUGUUGUGCUUUAGUUUUUUUUUUCUUCUGUCUUUAUUUAUUUGUUUUAAGUUAUGGAAGCUUGCUGCUGCAACCUUGAAGUGGAUGUAAAUGGAGAAGAGACCUUCAUGGUGGACAAGACUGUUAUUACACAGUAUUCAAACAAGUUUGCUAGAUUAUUUGGAAAGUCUGGUGGUGCCACAGGAAAGCUUAAAGUAAUAUUUCACGAUUUUCCAGGAGGUGCAGAAGGUUUUGAGCUUAUGUUAAAAUUCUGUUACAACAAUGGAACAGCUGAUAUAAGUCCUUCAAAUUUGUUCCUUGCGCGUUGUGCUGCUGAGUACAUGGAAAUGAAGGAACCUGUGGCUGAUGUAUCUAACUUAUUGGAGCUAACUGAAAAGUCACUCCACGAGAUCAACUAUUGGACUUGGUCAGAUGUUUUGAUUGCUUUGAAGCAGUGCCAGAAUUUACUAGUUCUAGAUUGUUCGGAGAUGGUAGAAAAAUGCUUGGACACUAUUGUGGGGAGGCUGGUUUUGGCUAGUGAAGCAAGUCCUUGUCCAUCAACUAGUUCCACAGAUAGUUCUUGGAUUCGGUUUUCAUGUGACUCUAAGAGCACUGAGAGUGUAAAAACAAGUUUCACUCGUUUGACAUGGUGGUUUGAAGAUCUCCUUUUUUUCAGUCCCUUGUUAGUUGCAAUGUUGGUUAAGUCAAUGCUUGCGCGAAAGAUGGACCAUGUUUUGAUCAGCAAGUUUCUUCUCUACUAUCAGAAAGCUAAAUUCUCCACUUCUACUACAGAAGAGAAGAGCAAGAUAAUAGAAAUGGUCAUAGAUAUGCAUUAUGAUAUGGAUCUAAGUUGUGUUCCUUGCAAGACUUUGUUUGGGAUUCUGAGGGUAACUUUAGGUUUAAAUAUAAGCAAAUGUAGCAGGAACAGGUUGGAGACUAUGAUUGGUUCCCAAUUGGAUCAAGUAACCUUGGACAAUUUGCUUGUUCCAUCUCCUUAUGGAAUAAGCUACUUGUAUGAUGUGAACCUUGUUUUGAGAUUUUUGAAGGCAUUCUUGCGAAGAGGAAAUGGUCCAGUUACUCCCAUUCGGAUGAAGAAAGUUGCGAGCUUAAUAGAUUUGUAUACAGCAGAAAUAGCCCCUGAUCCUUGUUUGAAAAUUUCCAAGUUCUUGGCUCUUGCCACAGCACUUCCAGAUUCUGCAAGAGAUUCUUAUGAUGAGAUCUACCAAGCAAUGGACAUGUAUCUUGAGGUAUAAUAAUUAACAAUUCUUUCCAGUUUAAUUAUAACGUUGGAACUAUCUGACUUCAGUCAUAUGGUUAAUUUUUAU